CGCCGCUGAGCCCCCGCGAGGCCCGUGACGCCGCGGCCGAUGUGGCCCCGCACGCGCUGCGGGCCUGCACCGCCGCCUCACAAAGACGCCACCGGAGCCGCCGCCCGCACACUGGCCGCAGCCGCCGCGGGAGCCCGACCCCGAGCCGGAGCCGGAGCCCGAGCCGCAGGCGUGGGGCAGGAGGCGGCGCCCGCGGGCGGCCGGCCCCGGCAUGGAGAAGAGGGCGUUUGCUGGGCCGGAGGGGGCGCCGGGCGCCCGGGCGCAGCUCGCCGUCGUCUGCCUGGUGAAUAUUGUUCUCACCGGGCGGCUCAGCAGUGCGGUUCCUGCUUUAGCCGCCUGCAGCGGGAAACUGGAGCAGCACACAGAGCGACGCGGUGUCAUCUACAGCCCUGCCUGGCCCCUCAACUACCCUCCGGGCACCAACUGCAGCUGGUACAUUCAGGGCGACCGAGGGGACAUGAUCACCAUCAGCUUCCGCAACUUUGAUGUGGAGGAGUCUCACCAGUGCUCCCUGGACUGGCUCAUGCUGGGCCCAGCAGCCCCGCCCCGCCAGGAGGCCUUCCGGCUCUGCGGCUCCGCCAUCCCGCCUGCCUUCAUCUCCGCCCGGGACCACGUCUGGAUCUUCUUCCACUCCGAUGCCUCCAGCUCUGGCCAGGCCCAGGGCUUUCGGCUCUCGUAUAUCCGAGGGAAGCUGGGCCAGGCAUCCUGCCAGGCUGACGAGUUCCGCUGUGACAAUGGCAAGUGCCUGCCCGGCCCGUGGCAGUGCAACACCGUGGACGAGUGCGGGGACGGCUCGGAUGAAGGCAACUGCUCGGCGCCUGCCUCUGAGCCCCCGGGCAGCCUGUGCCCCGGGGGCACCUUCCCAUGCAGUGGGGCGCGCUCCACGCGCUGCCUGCCGGCUGAGCGGCGCUGCGAUGGCACACAGGACUGUGGCGACGGCUCCGACGAGGCCGGCUGCCCCGACCUGGCCUGCGGCCGGCGGCUGGGCAGCUUCUACGGCUCCUUCGCCUCCCCGGACCUGUUCGGCGCGGCCCGCGGGCCCUCGGACCUUCACUGCACGUGGCUGGUGGACACGCAGGACCCGCGGCGCGUGCUGCUGCAGCUGGAGCUGCGGCUGGGCUACGACGACUAUGUGCAGGUGUACGAGGGCCUGGGCGAGCGCGGGGACCGCCUGCUGCAGACGCUCUCCUACCGCAGCAACCACCGGCCCGUGAGCCUUGAGGCCGCCCAGGGCCGCCUCACCGUGGCCUACCACGCCCGCGCCCGCAGCGCUGGCCACGGCUUCAACGCCACCUACCAGGUGAAGGGCUAUUGCCUCCCAUGGGAGCAGCCGUGCGGGAGCAGCAGUGAGGGCGACGUGGCAGACACAGGCGAGCAGGGCUGCUUCUCUGAGCCGCAGCGCUGCGAUGGCUGGUGGCACUGCGCCAGCGGCCGGGACGAACAGGGCUGCCCUGCCUGCCCCCCCGACCAGUACCCCUGUGAGGGUGGCAGUGGCCUGUGCUACACACCCGCCGACCGCUGCAACAACCAGAAAAGCUGCCCUGAUGGCGCCGACGAGAAGAACUGCUUCUCCUGCCAGCCGGGCACCUUCCACUGUGGCACCAAUUUGUGCAUCUUUGAGACGUGGCGCUGUGAUGGCCAGGAGGACUGCCAGGAUGGCAGCGAUGAGCACGGCUGCCUGGCGGCUGUGCCCCGCAAGGUCAUCACUGCCGCGCUCAUCGGCAGCCUGGUCUGCGGCCUGCUGCUCGUCAUCGCCCUGGGCUGUGCCUUCAAGCUCUACUCACUGCGCACCCAGGAGUACAGGGCCUUUGAGACCCAGAUGACACGCCUGGAGGCUGAGUUUGUGCGGCGGGAGGCACCACCAUCCUAUGGGCAGCUCAUCGCACAGGGCCUCAUUCCGCCCGUGGAGGACUUUCCUGUCUACAGUGCGUCCCAGGCCUCGGUGCUACAGAACCUUCGCACGGCCAUGCGGCGACAGAUGCGCCGGCACGCCUCCCGCCGCGGGCCCUCCCGCCGCCGCCUCGGCCGCCUCUGGAACCGGCUCUUUCACCGGCCACGGGCACCACGGGGACAGAUCCCACUGCUGACAGCUGCACGCACCUCACAGACGGUGCUGGGUGACGGGCUCCUCCAGCCUGCAGCGGGGGCCGCCCCAGACCCCCCGGCACCCCUUACGGACACAGGCAGCCCAGGGGCGGCUGGGGAUGGGCCCUCCAGCACCUCUAGCCAUGCAUCAGAAGUGGGGCCUUCUGUGCGGCCCCCUUCCGGCCUGCGGGACCCAGAGUGCAGGCCAGUGGACAAGGACAGAAAGGCCAGCAGGGCCCCUCUGGUGGACAACAUAGCCCCUGUGGACACACCUCGGGAGUCCUGCUCUGCCCAGGACCCUCAUCCCCCAGCCCCCACUGCCAGCAGCACCCUGGGCCCCCACCCACCAGAGCCACUGGGUGUCUGCAGGAGCCCCCCACCACCUUGCUCCCCAAUGUUGGAGGCCAGUGACGACGAAGCCCUGCUGGUCUGCUGACCCGCUGGACACGCUGGUGACUGCCACAGCCCCGCUUUGUAACCAGGGAAUACACAGUCGUUUCUACCCUG